ACACAGGCGGCCAGGUGGGCGGAGUUAACCAACUUUGACACUGGCUCUUGGGUGGACGACGGGUAGACGGACAGAUAUGUGCUCAGACGGACAAGUUGACCCUUUGUGAGGGUUGUACUUCUUUUUUUUUUUUUUCUUAUCUUUUGGUGUUUAUAGUUCUUGGCGUCAAAAAAAUGAUGCGCUUCCUGCUGCUCUUCAGCCGCCAGGGCAAGCUACGUCUGCAGAAGUGGUUCACGCCCAUAUCAGAACGUGAGAAGAAGAAGAUCAUCAGGGACAUGACCUCCAUGGUGUUGGCACGGCAACCACGUUCCUGUAACUUCCUGCACUGGAAAGACCUGAAGAUUAUUUACAAGAGGUAUGCAAGCUUGUAUUUCUGCCUGGCCAUAGAGAACCAGGAGAAUGAGCUGCUAGCCCUGGAGGUUAUUCAUCGCUAUGUGGAGCUGCUGGACAAAUACUUUGGCAAUGUGUGUGAGCUGGACAUAAUCUUUAACUUUGAGAAGGCCUAUUUUAUCCUGGACGAGUUUCUAAUGGGAGGCGAAAUACAAGAAACCUCCAAACAGAUGGUGAAUCGCUCCAUUGAAGCCUCAGACAUGUUACAGGAGGAUGACAACAGUGAUUGGUAUGAGGUGGAGCUGUUUGGAUGACCUUGAAUAUGGACAGAAAGACCAUGGAGGAGUAUAUGAGCAAACCUGCAUUUUAACCCCAUGAGGAAAAAAGGAUAACAUGGGGAGGAAUAUAGGAACCAACACUACUGUAUGUGAGUCAAAGAAGUUUCUGAAUAUGAAAAUGGGAUUAAGUUUGAUCCUGUUGAACAUUUUCAAAAGAAGAAAUGGUCAUGUUGAAAGCCUGCUUGCCUUCUGCCUGAAGCAUUGCUGCAAUGUAACUUCUUUUGAGAGUGAGUUUAUUGUUUGUUCAUAGUCAUGUGCUCAAUUGAAGGAGGUCGGGAGGGUUUUAUUUACAUGCUGUCAAUAAAUUCCUAUGAAGUAGUAAAGGGGAUUGGGGUAAUGAAAUCAUAACCAUGGAGUGAUUUUAGAUUUAUAAGUCAUUUGUAUUUAAAUCAUUUAUUAAUAUAUUGGAAGUGAAUGGUUUCAUUUUGUAAACGCCACGGAUUGAUUUAGAAAAAAAUGUACUACUCUCCAGUCUAUAGUUCAAAAAACAAUUUUGAAUGUGACUGAUGACAAAUGUCUUACUGUUUUGAAUCUGUAUACGGUAACCUCUUACAUGUGUUUGGGACCAAGACUUUACAAUGAGCUGUGUGUAGUGUGGGUGUGAGUAUCACUGCUUUUUAUAAUGUGCAAUUUAUGAUGUUUGAGCUUAUGAUUAAAAUAUGUAUUUUGAUAAAAAAAAAAAAGUA